UGUUCAUUUAAAUAUUGAAAUAAAUAAAAAGAUUCCACUCAAAAUAGAAAAAUGUAAUUGUAGAUUGGUACGUUAAUAAUGAAAGCCUGCACGAUUGGGGUAAUGGUAUCUGAUGCUGCCCUCACACAAUCGAAACCUACAAAACCUUGGUUUUGUGAGACCUAAACCCUUCACUCUCUUCACCGACGUAUAAUUGUAGGUGUAAGGCGGCACGAAGUGAGAGAAGUAGCUGUUGGGCUGUGGCUGCAUCAACUUCCCUGCUCAGAGUCUUACCCUGUUGGAAACCAAUAUGCCUCUUCAACUUCAACCUUUGAGGCGCAUCAAGCCUCAAAGACCCUCCAAGUCCAACCUUAUUCCCACAAAAACAACACCAUCAAGGACGAGCAUUGAUCAUCUAUACAUUUCGCAACUACUCUCGAGACCUGAUUGGGCCUUGUUGCUAAAACACGAACUGUUCUCAAAGAGGCUGCUGCUUAACCCUGCUUCUGCUGUAAGCAUCUUUCAGAACCAAGAAGACCCUUUACAUGCCAUAAAGUUUUACACGUGGCUUUCGAGUGUCAACCCUGCACUGGCAAAAUCUCAUUCAGUUCAAGGUGUUUUGGGGAACACUUUAUGCCGAAAAGGCCCUGUCAUAUUGAGUGUUGAGUUGCUUCAGGAUGUUCAGAAUUCAGGUUUUUGGGUGACCGAGGACCUGCUUUGUGUAUUGAUGGCAAGUUGGGGAAAACUCGGUUUGGCAAAUUAUUGUGCACAUGUUUUUGGCCAAAUAUCAUUCUUGAGUCUCAGUCCUAGCACUAGGUUGUAUAAUUCUCUCGUUGAUGCCUUGGUGAAAUCGAAUUCAAUUGACCUUGCAUAUCUGAAAUUCGAACAGAUGACUGCGGAUAAUUGUCGUCCAGAUAUAAUUACGUACAAUUCCCUCAUUCAUGGGGUUUGCAAGAUUGGGGUGGUAGACGAGGCACUACGGUUAAUUGGUCAAAUGAGGGAUAGGGGACAUUUUCCUAAUGUUUUCACUUAUACAAUUCUGAUUGAUGGGUUUUGUAAUGCAGCCCGGGUUGAUGAAGCCUUCGGAGUUUUUGAGAAAAUGAAGGAGAGUAAAGUUUAUCCAAAUGAAGCCACUGUAAGAACGCUAGUUCAUGGUAUUUUUCAUUGUGUGGAUCCAAGUAAGGCGCUUGACUUAUUAGUAUCUAAAUUUUUAGAUAGGGAGCACAUCCAUUUUAAGUUAGCUUGUGAUACAAUACUGUAUUGCCUUGCAAAUAAUUCUAUGUCAAAAGAGAUAGUUGUGUUUCUCAGAAAGGUCCUGGGAAGAGGUUAUGUCCCUGAUAAUUCCUUUUUUAGUGUCAUAAUGGCUUGUUUGGUUAAGGGAGCAGAACUGAGAGAGGUAUGUGACAUAUUUGAAAUUUUUAGAAAGCAAGGGGUGAAGGCAGGCAUUGAUACUUACCUUGCACUUAUUGAAGCUUUAUACAAGAAUGGAUGGAGAGAUGAAGGGGAUCAAGUUUCUUGUCAAAUGAUUAGCGAUGGGAUAAUUUCAAGUGUCUUCUCAUAUAACAUGAUAAUUAAUUGCUUCUGCAGAGCCAAAUUGAUGGAUAAUGCAUCUGAGGCUUUCAGAGACAUGCAGCUUAGAGGCUUUAAACCCAACCUUGUUACUUUCAAUACCCUUAUUAAUGGCCAUUGCAAGGAUGGAGCAAUAGAUAAGGCACGGGAGCUGCUGGAGCUGCUUUUAGAAAAUGGACUUAAACCUGAUAUCUUCACUUUUAGCUCUAUAAUUGAUGGACUCUGUCUAAUAAAGAGGAUUGAGCAGGCUUUUGAAUGCUUUACGGAGAUGAUUGAGUGGGGCAUCUGUCCAAAUGCUGUCAUUUACAAUAUCUUGAUUCGAUCUUUAUGUGCUGUUGGGGAUGUUGCAAGGUCAGUGAAACUUUUAAGAAGAAUGCAAAAGGAAGGAAUAAGCCCUGACACAUACUCCUACAAUCCUUUGAUUCAAAUCUUCUGUAGGAUGAAUAAAGUUGAGAAAGCUAAAAAGCUUUUUGAUUCAAUGUCAACAUCUGGCUUGAAUCCCGACAAUUACACUUACAAUGCUUUUAUAGAGGCACUGUCUAGAUCUGGAAGAUUAGAGGAAGCCAAGAAGAUGUUUUACUCAAUGGAGGCAAAUGGUUGCUCUCCUGAUUCAUAUAUAUGUAACUUAAUUAUUAAAAUAUUGGUUCAGCAAGACUUUGUAGAAGAGGCCCGAAACAUCAUAGAUAAAUGCAGACAGAAGGGGAUGUCUUUAAAUUCUAUUCCUAAUUUGUAGAUUGAUUUUCGGCUAGUUUUUGGGAUGCUGCUACAUUAUUGAGAUUUGACAGUGAAGAUAUUGAUUCAGGGUACAGGUACCGUAAAUAUAGAAGUUUGUUGAUGUGGAGAUUUUUAUAUGGUGUGGGAUACAUGAAUUAUUUGUGCACAUGUAUGUACUUUUUGGUCAUUUCAACUACAAAAAUAAAAAUAAAAAUAAGAAAAUCAGUUGUGGGAAAUGGGGAACUAAUUAAUUACUCAUUGGAAUCUAUUUUAAUUUUGGAGAUAUCUUUGUUAGCAAACUAAAAUGUUAACAACAGCUUAUAUAUAUAUUAACAUGCAGUCUGAUACACACUGGACCCAGAAAUUAGCAAGAAUCGAGAAGAAUCUUAUUCAAGAAUGUAUAAACUAUCCAGCUAAUGAGGUAGUUCCAUAACUGAACUGAAUUCAUUAUAAAGAAUGAAUGUACAAUAACUGUCUUUGGAAGAUUUAAGAGCUCCAUGAUCUCUCCCACCACUCAAUUCUACAAAAGAGAUAUCCUCUUACAUGCUUCCGUCCUAUUUAUAGUUUGCUGCUAGUUAGUUACAAAGCUAUUAUCAGAGACAGACUAGAAGGGAGCCAGAAAAAUUCACUGCAUUGUCUAAUAACUGGGAUUGAAAAGUCGCAGCAUAUUGCUUAUCAAACUCAAGGAACCGAAUCUUGCGACUUUAGUUGUCUUUUAUAUUAACCUAGUCUUAGUUGUGCUCUGCGGUAGCACUCGACCAAGAUUGUUAACAUAAAGAGGUAUUAAUGUUUUGUAUUAUUUAUCCAUUUUUUCGAUGAAAUGUUGCUUUUCUUUCCUCUCUUUCUUCUUUUUACCAAUAAUUUCAACAUGAUGUGAAAGCAUUAUUUUAAGCCUGCUACCAUCUACCCUAUGUUUGGUACUAUUUGGAUUCAAUUGAUUCUGUCUUGCUUUGUCCUUGUGUGGAUUGAUGCUCUUGGUUGUGAACUUGUGAUUGUCGUUUGGCUCUGUUUUUGCAUUGUUAUUUGCUACAUUCUGUUCUAUGCUCAAGCUGUAGAGUGUAGAUCAAGCUAGCGCAAGCCGUAUUAAGUUUUGCUCAAUCCAGUAAUCUAGCUGUGCAUCAUUCCAGUCAUUUGCUGAUCUUCUGGAUGUUUCUUAUUCAUCUUCUACUGUCAUUUUGGCAGUGCAUCAUUUUAGCUGUAAUGUUCCAUAUGGAACAACAUUGAGUAGGCUUUCUUGUAUAGAUGAGGCUAAUGCUCUUCCUUGCCUCCAUGUUUUAAUUCAUUCUCCUUGACACUCUUCCUAAGGAAUGAUGCCCUCCAUUUCUCAAUUGUAAUAUUGUUCAUUCAUCUUUCUUGAUCCGUAUUAAAAAUGCAGAUUAGAAUGCUACUCUUUCUAACGCAUCAUGCAUGUGAUAUAGGAAAGUUUAUUUCUUGUUUAAUGAAAUCUAUUUUUUUCUUACCAGCUUGCUUUUAAACUAAAUAGGUGUAAUUUCCAGAUGGGAAGAUAUGAUCCUCCUCCCUCUGCGGAAGAGCCAGAAGAUUUUGUGGUGUGUUUUCUGAACAUUGACAAAUAUACGGAUUAAAGCACUUUUUUAUCAGAUAAAAUUGCUUUCCUACUAUGAUUCUUUAGAUGGAUUAGGUCAGGAUAAUAAAUUUUCUUAAUGAAGAAAAAGUAUAAUAAAUGCUUUUAUCACUUCACCCAGUUCAUAAAAUGUUGCUUUCAUCGGUGGCCGAUCUGUUUUAUCAUGGAAAGCUAUCUUAAGAUGUUCACAUUCUUUUCAAAUUAUUUUCUACAUCCCUGUUAGUAAUCUACAAUUCCCAGGGCUUUACUGCUACUUACAAUUGCUGAAAAUUUGUUCAUGGUUAACUUGAACUUCCCUCAAAUUGAAUUGAAUAGGCCACGGAAAAUUUACCUGUGUUGUAUAUUAUUCUAAUGGUUCAUCUGUCAAUAAAAUUUAUUAAAUUAUGCUUCAUUUCAGCAUGAUUUACGCCCAAGGUGGCCACUGGGGGAAGAAUAUGCUGAAAGAAAAAGUGAAGCACGCUCCUUAAAAAUAGCUCGUGUCCAUCCUUCUCUUACAUCUCUAAUUCUAGCAUCAUUGCAAAAGUGAGGAAUGAACUUCCAUGUUGCUUCAUUUUGGUUUAUGAAGUUGUGCAGGACAAGCCUCUUUUUGGACUUGUCUCUGAUCAACAUGAUCGAAUUUUCUAUAGCACAUGAAAAAUUGUCCAAGUUUGGUGCUUGGUUAGGGAAACUGGGCAUUGGCAUCAGGCAGUAUCACGAGAAAAUCCAGCAAAACAAUGUCAUUCCAAGAAGAAAUAUAUGGUUGAUAGAAUUGAAAAUAGGAGUGGGAUGGGAAGGGAUGUAAAUUGAUUUAUGGUAUUACCAAAAUUUUACUACUUCCAGAAAAACAGAAGUCACAAACUUCUGCUUCUGUGCCUUAUUCUUUAGGCAAUCUGUAAAUUUAGUGGUUAAGGGUUUUUUUUUUUUCAUUUUUAUUUUAAUCCGCUUGUAUAUAUUCAGAUUAUAAUGGUUUACCAUUGAUGACAUUCGUUAACAUUCUAUCUACUGCUUCAAAA